AUGGAGUCCGAUCCAGCAUUCUCGACGAUGAGCAGCCUCUCAGACGAGGUUCUGCUUAUCAUCAUCGAGCAGAUUGAGCGCAACUACCUGCCUGCAUUCAUGAAGGUCUCCCGCCAGAUAUACCAACUUGGAACACCGGUCCUUUAUCGCUUCGUUCAAUAUGGAUUUCCCCUGACAAGCACGGGGAAGCCUCGCCCAGCCCAAUUGAAGUAUGGAAUGGAGGGUGCUCUCAAAUACAUCAGUCCUUCUCGAAUCUCAGUCAUCUUCGAUGUCGAGAGAUUCAUCGACACAUUAGAGAGAAAUCACAACUUGAGGCGACUCGUGAUUGGUGCGAGCUUGGACACAAAUGAAAACGACGAUAUGUGGAACCAGAAUCCGACGAUACCGCCUUUUCCAGAGCUGUACUCGAAGGCACUUAUCAGCCAUCUAAUAGAGUUGGUUUCCCCUUCUUUGAAAUAUCUCGAAGUAAAGCCGAGCACAAUCAACCUAUCUCUCCUGUCAUCGGUCCCGAACGCUGCCAUAGAGAUUCCAGCUACGCAGAUCAUCGAGUUUGAGCGUACAACGGUGGCUCAUCUCAAAGCGCUCUUCAGUGUUGGCACUCUCCGGCAUAUCACUAUAAGCUGGUUUGGCUUGUUUUCAACUUCUGUAGAGAACCUAUCUGCGAUAGAGAAGGAUCCCAUAUGGAAGUCGGCUGUCGGAACCUCUCCUGUCGUUUCACUCUCGUUCCCUUCGAUCAUACUGCCCCGCCAGCUGAUUUUCGACCUCGAUGAUCUACCUCUAGUUCUGAUCUCUAUGCUCAUCACAUGGCCCCGUCAAUUGAAAUGCUUUCAUAUUGGCCUACAAGUUGGCGCCGAUGUUGGAUCUGACCUCUGGAUUCGUUUUAUGGCAGCCUUGCUCUGUCAUUCUGAGUCUUUAGAGGAAUGCUUUAUCGACUUCAGGAGCCUAUCGACGAAACUCCUACCUAGCUUGAAUAUGGCGGGAUUCAAAAAUCUCAGAAGAUUGGGCAUGGCAGCGUCAUUCCUAGAAUUGCCCCAUGUGAGGGAAGAAACCCUCGAGCUACCUACGCAACAAUUAUGGAAACUCCUCCCGGGAACAAUAGAAGAUCUACAACUUGACUUCUCUGCUCCCUUCGAACAUGAUUUAAGGACAUCAGAAAUAUUCUGGGCAGAACCUAGCACACUACACCCAACGUACGAAGCGAUAGCUCUGAAGGAUUCGCUGUUCGAGAUUCUCGAACACAGAAAUGAUCGCUUCCCGCGGCUGCGGUACCUUGUACUCUGGUGCGGAGACCUAGAGAACAAGGUGACACUCCAGUCAACACAACGAUCACAUCCGCAUGAUCUCAAGGUGCAAGUUGCUUCCGAUUGCGUUGGGUUCUGGCUUGAUUAUUUCGAUCUUCCAACUGCAUUCAGAGAGGCUGGAAUCUGUCUGACGUGGUCUGUUGGCCCAGAGCCACCGCUCUUCAACCGCAUGCACCCUGACUAG